UAUUUUGAAAUAGAAACAAAACUUGUUAGCACCAGCACUUUAUCCAUGAAGUAAGGCUAUAUGAAGCCAUGCCCUGCAAGAGAACCCCACUUUCUGCAUCUUCUUCAUGACCUUACAAACAUCCCCUGCUUUCCUACAUCCUGGGACCUGGUCGACAAUACUCCAUCAACAUGCAUCCAGAGGGGAACACAGAGGAUGCAAUCCUACAGCAACACAGCAUACGGGCUGAACAUCUCCAGGCUGCCCCAAAACAAACAGGGUGUGGAAUCUUUAUAGCCCUUUCAUCCAUAAUUGCUGCCAUAAGUGGAUUGCUAGUGGGCUAUGAACUAGGAAUAAUCUCUGGAGCCCUUCUUCAGUUGAACAGUUUAUUGCACCUUACUUGCCGACAGCAGGAAAUAGUAGUAAGUGCAUUACUAAUUGGAGCACUUCUAGCCUCACUUGUUGGCGGAUUUCUCAUAGACUACUAUGGAAGGAGGAUCACAAUAAUUGUAACAUCAUGUUUACUUCUCCUAGCAAAUCUCCUGUUAAUCAUUAUUGUGAAUUAUUGGAGUCUCAUCAUUGGAAGAAUUGCUAUUGGAGUGUCAAUAUCUUUAGCUGCCAUUGCUACCUGUGUUUAUAUUGCAGAGAUUGCACCACAGCAUAACCGGGGCAUGUUGGUGUCUCUAAAUGAACUCAUGAUUGUUGUUGGAAUCCUUCUGGCCUAUAUUUCCAAUUACGUGUUUGCAACCAUCACCAAUGGAUGGCAGUAUAUGUUUGGCCUUAUUAUUCCAUUAGCUGCCCUACAAGCCUUUGCUAUGUACUUCCUCCCCCCAAGCCCUCGGUUUUUAAUGAUGAAAGGUCAAGAUGAAGCUGCUGGCAAGGUUCUUCAGAAACUAAGGGCAUCAUCAAAUAUUAAUGAAGAACUCAUGGUGAUUAAAUCAUCUAUCAAAGCUGAAUAUCAGUACAACUUUUUGGAUUUGUUUUGUUCCCGGGAUAACAUGAGAGCUCGGCUCUUAAUAGGUCUAACACUAAGCUUCUUUGUACAAAUAACAGGACAGCCCAACAUAUUGUUCUAUGCUUCAACUGUUCUAAAGUCUGUUGGGUUCCAGAGUAAUGAAGCCGCCACAUUAGCCUCCACUGGAAUUGGAGUUGUCAAAGUUGUUAGUACAAUUCCAGCAAUUAUGUUUGUGGACAGAUUUGGUAGUAAACGUUUUCUUUGGGUUGGGUCUGCUGUGAUGGCUGUAUCUCUGGUGGCAAUGGGACUAGUAAGCCUUAAAAUAGAUGUGAGUUCGAAAAGUAUGUGUAAAGCCCACAAUCAUUCUCUUGAAAUGUCUGCAUUCUCCAGGCCAAUGAACAUAGCAAGAAGCAAUGAGUCUCUCAAGAAAGAAUUCAAUGAACUAUCAUCAAGCAGUGAAUCAGAUCUUGCUGCAUUACGAAACGGUACAAAUAUCUGGCACUGGACACCAAGGGCAGAUCAUGCUACUCCAAGGGGCACAACAGUCUCAUCACAUGGAUCAGAAAUUUCACUAUCUUUGAAGUGGUUGUGUUUAACCAGCCUUCUUGCUUACAUUGCUGCUUUUUCUAUAGGUUUGGGACCAAUGGCUUGGCUGGUUCAGAGUGAAAUCUUUCCUGCGGGUAUUAAAGGUCGGGCAUUUUCAAUAACAAGCAGUAUGAACUGGGGAAUGAAUCUACUCAUAUCGCUGACAUUUCUCACAUUAACUGAGAGAGUUGGUCUACCGUGGAUGCUUUUUGUAUAUGCUGUAAUGAGUCUAGCUUCAUUGAUGUUUGUCAUAGUCUUUGUUCCUGAUACAAAGGGGAGACCUUUAGAGGAGAUAUCUAUGGAGUUGGCAAAUAGGAACUAUAACAAAUGGACAGUUUGUCAGAAGAGUUGAAGUAUAAAUUAAACCCAUGCCAGUGAAACUGGUGAAGAGCACAAAACAGCCAUUUUCGGAAGACAUGGAUAAAUUUAAAGGCAACAAUGUAAUGUGUGUGCGUGUGUCUUUCCAAUGGCUGGUAGCACAGUAGUAAAGUUUGUAUGUGAUCACCACAUUUAUUUCCAGUACUGUUACUUCAGGAGAAAACGCUGCUAGCUUUAUGAGACCGUUUCUAUUUAUAAUCAAUAAAUUUUGUCUACUGAUAUCUUUUUUUUUUUAAUUGUGAACUUUGAAUUACAUGUAGUUAAAAUAAAACUGAUUAUCACAUUUCUUAUACCAUGAUCUAAAUCAUGUUUUCUUUAUCAUGUGU